AUGCCCGUCCACCUUUUCCCCCCCGACUUUUCACUUGCCAGCUCUCUGCCACCCCCCAGCCCUCUGCAUGAUUCUCCAAGGGAGUUCCAUGUUGCACCUGUAGAUGAGGUUGAGAUGUUGAUUGCGUUUGACUGCCCUGAUCUCACCCAACAUAUAUCAUCGUUGCACCAAGUCGACAAAGGAGGAUAUUCGCUUGUGUACAAAGGUACAUGGGAGCGUGGUUCACCAGACACUCAGUCCCAGGAAGUUGCUGUCAAAGUGCUUCACGUGUCGGAUACAGACCCCGAGGCAAAACGUUGGAAGCGCCUGAAAAGAGAGAUGCGAGUAUGGUCACGUCUAAGCCAUGUGAAUCUUGUUCCGCUACUCGGCUAUGUGUAUUAUCAAAAUGGCCAGCUUGGCUUCGUCUCUCCAUGGUAUACAAAAGGGAAUGCAAUCAACUUCAUCAGGAACCAUCCUGGUGCCAACAAAGACAUGAUUGUGCGCAUCAUUUUGGUUAUUUUCUUAUUUGAGGAGUUGAUGGACAUUCCUAAGUGUGUGGACGUGGCCUCAGGAUUGGAAUAUCUUCACUCACAAAACCCAUCAAUUGUGCAUGGUGAUGUCAAGGGACAAAAUAUUUUGAUCACUUCGGAUGGACGUGCUUUGAUCUGUGAUUUCGGCCUGUCGAUGAUCUUGGACGAUAAUCCCACUGGAUUUACAUCUACUGUGAUUGGAAUGACCAUUCGCUUCUCGGCACCUGAAUUACUGGAUGGGGGUGAGAAGACGGUGGAAACUGAUGUUUACGCUUAUGGGUGCACUUGCGUUGAGAUAUUACUAGGGAAAUCACCGUAUGAAGAUAUCCGCAGCGAUAUGGCUCUGAUGAAGGCAAUUGCAAGUGGCACGCUGCCCGUCUCUCCUGAACAGCUCAAGGAGUGCGAUUCAUGCCUCCCUCUUCAUAUUGUAAAUCAAUGUUGGAGUAGCAAGCCGUGCGAUCGACCAGGGGCUGUGGAAUUGGCUAAAGCGUUUAGGGGUGCGUUUGGCUUGUGA